ACCGGGGCGGGGUGGGGAGGUAACGGGACGGGCGCGACCAUGGCUCGGUGAGGCAGCGGGGGUGGGGAUCGGUUCGGGGGAGGCCUGGGGCCGCUCGCUGGUGCGCUGUCUCCGCCGCCCCCACUUUCGCCGCCGCCGCCGCCGCCGCCCCGGGCAUGUCGUCCAACUGCACCAGCACCACGGCGGUGGCGGUGGCGCCGCUCAGCGCCAGCAAAACCAAGACCAAGAAGAAGCAUUUCGUGUGCCAGAAAGUGAAGCUAUUCCGGGCCAGCGAGCCGAUUCUCAGCGUCCUGAUGUGGGGGGUGAACCACACGAUCAAUGAGCUGAGCAAUGUCCCUGUUCCUGUCAUGCUAAUGCCGGAUGACUUCAAAGCUUACAGCAAGAUCAAGGUGGACAAUCAUCUCUUCAAUAAGGAAAAUCUCCCCAGCCGCUUCAAGUUCAAGGAGUACUGCCCCAUGGUAUUCCGAAACCUCAGGGAGAGGUUUGGCAUCGAUGACCAGGAUUACCAGAAUUCAGUGACACGCAGUGCACCUAUCAACAGUGACAGCCAGGGCAGGUGCGGCACACGCUUCCUCACCACCUAUGACCGGCGUUUCGUCAUCAAGACUGUGUCAAGUGAGGAUGUGGCCGAGAUGCACAACAUCCUAAAGAAAUACCACCAGUUCAUAGUGGAAUGUCACGGCAAUACCCUCUUGCCACAGUUCUUGGGCAUGUACCGCCUGACCGUGGAUGGGGUGGAAACCUACAUGGUGGUCACCAGGAACGUAUUCAGUCAUCGGCUUACUGUGCAUCGCAAAUACGACCUGAAGGGUUCCACUGUUGCCAGAGAAGCCAGUGACAAGGAAAAGGCUAAGGACUUGCCAACAUUCAAAGAUAAUGACUUCCUCAACGAAGGGCAGAAGCUGCACGUGGGAGAAGAGAGCAAAAAGAACUUCCUGGAAAAGCUGAAGCGGGAUGUUGAGUUCCUGGCCCAGCUGAAGAUCAUGGACUACAGUCUCCUGGUGGGCAUCCACGACGUGGACCGGGCAGAGCAGGAGGAGAUGGAGGUGGAAGAGCGAGCGGAGGAGGAGGAAUGCGAGAAUGAUGGGGUGGGUGGCAGCCUGCUCUGCUCCUAUGGCACGCCUCCAGACAGCCCUGGCAACCUCCUGAGCUUCCCCCGCUUCUUCGGCCCAGGAGAGUUCGACCCCUCCGUGGACGUCUAUGCCAUGAAGAGCCAUGAAAGUGCCCCUAAGAAGGAGGUCUAUUUCAUGGCCAUCAUUGACAUCCUCACACCCUAUGACGCUAAGAAGAAAGCUGCACACGCCGCCAAAACAGUGAAACAUGGGGCAGGGGCUGAGAUCUCCACUGUGAACCCGGAGCAGUACUCAAAACGCUUCAACGAGUUCAUGUCCAACAUCCUGACGUAAUCAUCUCUCCCUCUGCCAGAGCCAGACUGCUGGACCAGGGGUCGGGGAUCGGGAGAGGGAGAGGGGAUAUCUGGGCCGGAAGGGAGGGUGGGGAGCAGAGUGGGGGCUGGUGAGGGCUUUAGUAAAGGGACUGCAGCCUGUGACCCGAAGGAAGAAGGGGACACGGGCUGUUUGCACGUGCUCACAGGAUGCAGCCUUACUUCCCGAGCACCCUCAAUCCGCCUCUUUUGCCCCUGGUUAAAACAGGGUUUCCUCUUCGGUAUCUCCGUAACCUUCUAUGAUACCCGGGGGGGCUGGAGUUGACUUUGUGGGUUUAUUUGGGUUUGUUUCUUCAAUUCACUGCUCCAGGAUUGCUCUUUCUAACGCUGUAUGUCAUCACCCUAGGCGCCCUCCCUCUUUCUGUCAGGCUCUCAGUUCCCUUCAGUUCAGGCCAGCACAAGGGACGAUAAGAGCAGUUGCUCUGACACCACGAGAGGUCAGACACCUCAGUCAGCCACGGUUUGCUCUCACCUAGAUGGACUCUUUUAUUUCCUGGAGUAUUGUGCAUCACCCCCCCCCCAUGCUUCCACUUUGGAUCCAAGUGAGACCUGACCUUGGCUCCCCCACCUCAUCCUCACAGAAGAACAUGGCAGGUUGACCCUGACGCCUUGACCCGGAGUCAGAGGCCUCAGAGGGGAACAGGUUCGUCUUCAUGAGACGGUGAGUGACCAGGAAGCAGCCCUCAGACAGCCGGUUCUCAAAGAACCCAGAGAUCACCACCCCGGCCACAUGCGCCUCUGAGUGGAAUUCUGAUGUCUGUCAAGGCCGCCACCCACUGGCUCCAGAGGAACUGUCAAGCAUCGUGGCAUUUGUUGGGACCCCUGUGUUUCAAUGACUGUUUCCCUUUGGGAAAAUCCCAGAAACUAAGAUGUGUAAACCGGGCCCGUAUGCACCGUCCGUAUCCUAACUACUGACCUCUGGGUGCAGUCGCCUGUAACUGGCAAAUGGUCAGUGCAGAGCUCAUCGCAGAGCUGCCACUCCAAGCCUGGCCUGCCGUGCAGGUGUGUCUGGCUCCUGUGCCUGUGACUUCUCACCUGGACAGCUUUAGCCAGCAAGGUGCUCCACCUGAGGUUGCCUGAGUCACCUGGGGAGGUGACCCCAGGAAAGCCUGUUUGGAGGCCUGACACGGGGCUUUGCCCAUCCCCCAGCCCCAGGGCUGACGGAUUUUCCUUGUCACCCUCACUCUUUCUGGACUUGGGAUCUGCCUCUGGUCCUCCUUGGAAAGAGUGACAGCCUGCAGCCUCCUUCAGGAUUCCAGCCCAGGGCCUCAGAAGGGAGCUACACACGUCAUUCUGAUGCCACCAGAGCAAGUGGUUGCCAGGAAGAAAAAACGGCCUCGUCGGCCUGCCCUUGGAGGAGGUAAACUCCCUACCUCUUCCCAGCUCCCUCAGGAGGAAUCAGGAAUUUAGGAUGAGAUGGACAUUUUGUAGAUAACCCCAAAGAUGUGAAGCAGGUUUGUGAAACUGUCCUGGGUGAAUAGAUGAUUCCCAGCGCCUGCCCCCCCACCAAACUGGCCGAGCUCAGCGUGGGGAGCUGGGGAGGGGCCACUGUGCCGUGCCCUCCCUAUCCCUGCACUGAACUAAGAUAGGAAAAGCAAGAUGGCAGUCUUGGGCUUCUCUGGGGCUGCCAAUUGGGUGAGGCAGGUGGGGGCCCACUCCUUCCCAGGAAGAGAACAGGUAAGGUAGGUUCUGGUGGGCAGAACCACAGGGGUCUUGGGGAAGGACUCGGAACCACGUGAUUCGAGGAGAAAGGAUUUUAAUGUGGGAGAGGGGUUACGUAGGAAUAAUGUCUGGACUUGAUUUCUCACCUCACAAUCAAGAGUAAGGACUCUGGAUCUACCCCCGGCUUGGAAGUUGAUGCUCCUGGCUGAUCCUGUUGUGUGUUUGCAGCCGGCUAACUGGGUAACGGUGGGGUUUGUGGGGGGUUUAUUUCGUUUUAUUUCGUUUCGUUGUAUAUUGUUUACAAUUCUGAGAGGUAGCUUUCUGUUUCAAGCUCUCUGUUUUCCUGACAGUAUUGUUGAGUGGGUCAAAAUAUUCAAGCUGUGGUUUGGUGGAUUUUAGGUUUGUUGGGGUUUUGUUUUUUUUUUUUUUAGGUCAUUCUCUGCGCUCUCUUCAAAACCCUGAGGUUUGACUUUCUGAUUCCUUGGCAUUCGUGUGUUUAAAAGCUAUUUAUCUUCGUUUCAUACAAGUUUUCUUUCUCUUUGUGACAAAAAUGUGCUAUUUGGCUUCAAUCUCCACAUGAUCACCCCCUGCCCCCAUUUAUCUGCUCCCCCUUUUCCUGAGUCCCACCAGUCACGCUCUGGGCAGCAGGUGUCAAGGGGAAGACAAGAUCCUUAGCUUGACUCCUCAGGGCAGUGAAGAACAGCCAGACUGUCUUAUGGCAUCCAGAAUCAUGUUGGGUCUUCCAGAAAUAGACAUUUAAGAAUAGAGUCCCGGACAACUGGGUGAGGUCUGGAUGCGGGGAAAGGGGGGGAAUUCCAUUCCUGGGCCCUUACCCUCCUGAUUACUGUGUGGCAGCCAGUCCCCAUUCCUUCUGUGGAAAUUGUGGAGCUGAGAAAAUAUGUCUCACAUCCAGCUGACACAAGGGAUACUAUGAACACUCUAACACCAAGCAGUGGCCUCAGGCCAUGUUCCCAGUCUGCAGGGCACCGCCAGGAGUGCGGUUCAGUUCCGCUGCAGGGCUAAAUCCCUCCUUAUCUAGCUCAGGGGUUACUGGUCUGUGGCUGGCGCCAUGAGUGGCCCCCAGGCUGUUCUCAGUGGCACUAUAGUCCCCCACCCCCACCCCCACCCCCAGGCAGCUCUCCCCUCACCUUUCCCCCCUCCCCAAAUCACUUUUCUCAGUCCUGGGCUUUAGGCCUGAACAGGUCACCUAGCAGUGCUCAAGGGAGGAGAGACUGGACUCCUGUCGAGACUUCCCCCCUUCACCAUGUGCCAGGCCUCCCUGGGGAGGUGGACCAAAGACCCAGGACUUUCUCAGUAGCCAGUCCCGCACCCCACCCCACCCCACCCCACUCACAGUUGUCUUUUUAACAAUUCAGGUUGAGAGGGAAAAACCAUUAGCUGUUUCUAGUGCUUGAUCGACUCAAGUAUUUCGGGCAGAAAGGACAGUGACCGAGACAGCCCUCAGAGCUCUGGCCUUGUGCUUUCCCAAGUUAGAGACCUCACCAGCAGUAAUGGCCGGUGGGGUGGGGGUGGGGGGUCUCAAAGGGAAACACAUUUAGACAGCUAGCCAAAAUUUGCCAGCCAUGGUCCCAGUCCUCUGAAGUGUGCCACUUAGGAUGAGUGUCGCCAAGGGGAAGUGAGACGCAGCUGUCCUUCAGUUGAGUCAUCAGGAAGGAGGCUGAGGACACCCGAAGAGCCUGUCCCUUGCCCACAGCCAUUUUUCGAGGUGGGAGCCCAUACAUUUAGGGGGACCAUCUGCUUAGCACAUCUCAGCGGCUGGUCAGAACAUUGCACACACAAAAUGUGAAUGAAAUCUAGAGUCAUCUUUUGGGCCCACAGGAUUAAAGUUCUACCCACCACAUGUGACUUGUCCAUUUCCGGCUGCAAGCUCCAUUUUUUUUUUAAAUAGGAAUUUUCACCCCUGUGCUUGUCUAAUGUCUGCUCUGAACAGUUCGAGCCUCUGUUACUGUUUUAAAAUGCAUGCAUGUUAAAAAAGAAUCUCCAAAUGGGAGGACAAAAUAAAACUCAAAAAGCUUUGUGUACA